AUGGCGUCCCAGCUUCUUCCUCUAGAGUUAAUUGACAAGUGUGUCGGAUCUCGGAUAUGGAUCAUCAUGAAGAACGACAAAGAAUUCUCCGGCACAUUGCUCGGGUUCGAUGACUACGUUAACAUGGUCCUGGAAGACGUGACCGAAUUUGACUACACUGGCUCCCAAGUCAAGCUACCGAAAAUCCUUCUCAACGGGAACAAUAUUUGCAUGUUAAUCCCUGGUGGUGAAGGGCCUGCCGGUAGCUCUUGA